AUGGUGGAAACUGACCAAGCAUGUGCUCCCAGUGCGAUGCAGGGGCUAAGCGGGCAGACGCCGUCUGUGGGAGUAUACACCAGGGGAUAUCGAGACUCCUGCUUUCCCCUUAACUUUUCUAGCUACAUCACUGUCAAGCUGGGAGUCCACAACCUUAGACUGUGGGAAUGGCGCCAACAAGAAAUUCCUGUGCAUCGCCGGAUCCCCCACCCGCAAUAUGACAUGUACUCCUUUAACAAUGAUGUCAUGCUGCUGCAGCUGGCGCACCGAGCCAGGCUCAACGAAUGGGUGGGGCUCAUCCCCUUGCCCAGCGCCUGGCAGGGCGUGCACCCUGGGGCCAUGUGCAGUGUCGCCGGCUGGGACCGGACGAGCGCCCGCAGUGCAAAGGGCUCAGAUGUGCUCCAGGAGGUGGACGUGGAGGUGCUGGAGGAUUAUGUGUGUCUGAGGAAUCCUGACCAGAUCUAUCGUUACUAUAACGCCUCCACUAUGCUUUGUGCAGGGGAUCCGAAACAGGGCAAAAGUUCCUUUAAGGGUGACUCCGGAGGGCCCUUGGUGUGCGGCAAAACAGCCGAGGGCAUUGUCUCUUGGGGCUCCCUCAAUGGGACCCCCCCUGCAGUGUACACUAGAGUCUCCAGAUUCGUCCCCUGGAUCCUGGAGAUCCUGAGAACUCUGCAGCCCUGA